GGCGGGAUAGACAGUAUGGUUGCUGUCUCCAUGUUGAUUUGUUUUCCAUUAGUUUUGUAGUCCAUAAAAGGCUUACGUUUCGUUUCAUUUACAUUGAGUUGUUUGAAGAAUAACCAUUUUGAGAUUUUUUUCUGAAGUCAGGUCACGAACUUCAUUUCCAUCACUUUUACAGCUAACUAUGCAUAUUUCGUUGUUAGACAUUAACACCAGUAGUUAACUAAACUGUUUUAUUGAUGAAAUCAAUAAGUUGUAGACUUACAUGUCUAAGGAUUAUCAGCUUUGAUGUUGGCAGCCACAUGUGACUUGCAAUUCGGUCGUACUUUGGGUAAUUCAGGCCACAUUCAAAAAGAAAAUUUAGGCAUAGUUUGAAUGACUUAGAGACUUCGAUUGCGUUUUUAUUUACCUUUCAUAAGCUAGUUGGAUAUCUACUUCAUGACGGUCUUCUAUAAAGUUACUUCUUGCGCUUGAAGAGUAUUAUUUUGAAUUACUAAUUUUUUGUCAUACAAAGAUCCUGGGUAUUCGAAAUAACUUUUUAACUCUGUUUUAGGUGUGCCUAGAAAGCAGUUAAAAUGAAUAAUUCCAUGGGGCAUUAUGGUUAUGCUUCGUCUUGUUCCGAACCACGAGGUUUGAACCCCAUGAAUGGCUCUUUCUAUUCAGGCUUUGGUUACAACUAUCCAAAACAGCAUCCUUAUUCUGAGACGCUGUCUGCAGGACGGAGUUCACUGCCUUCUAGAGUAUCAAAUCAAAGACGUGCUGCACCACCACAACCCCCGUCUCCACCUCCGUAUUUUGUCGUCAGGGCGCAUCGGAAUUCAAACCAACAGGAACCAAGUUAUAGGUCACAAGAGAAUCGUAUGAGUCGCCAAUCUUUUCCUCGUCCAGUGUCUCCAAUUCCACGGGGUCCAUCGCAAGUACUACCACAUAAUGGUCGAUCUGUAUCGAUGUCCAGAUUUGAACCAAGCUUACAUCCUACUUAUGAGGAGGAAAACUUCUACAACGAUAUGGACCAGGCUGAGAACUUUGAUCGCGCACCUAAUUCACGUCGUUAUGGUUCAAGUCAAACACGGCCAUCACUUGGGCGAUCCAGUUUCAUGGAGGUGUCACCAGAAAGGCCUCAUCGCCAUGAAGGGAAGUCUAGGUUCCAAUAUCCGAAUAGUGAAAUGAGAUCUUUCAUGGCUCCAAGACGAGGUGAACCAGGUGACCCUGAUGUGGAAAUGGAUGAAUGGGAUGCAAGGGGAUCACGACAUUUAUUUAAUAGGUCUUUUCCAACUGAUGAUUCUGCGAAUCGCGCUCUUCGUCGGCCUGAGUCGAAACCAAGAUUUCCGUUUCCAAGUUACGAUGCUAAGUCGUUUUCGACUCUGGGACCGGAAAAUGCCAUGGAUAUUGAAGAGUAUGGUCCAAGAGAAAGACGACCUUCAUUUGGAAGACCUAUUUAUCGAGAUGAUUCACCAAUUCGUUCUAUGCCCCGUCACCCUGAAGAGAAAUCAAGAUUCCAAUUUCCUAGCCAUGAUAUGCGACCAUUAACAACGCCGAGACGAGGUAGUGGUGGUGAUCUAGAAGAGGAUGGUGCAGAUAUGCUUCAGUUUGGCGUUAAUCGUUCCCGGCGAAUGCAUGACAUGGUUCCGGAUCAUUGUCUUUACCAGCGUCGUGAUGAUAUGCCAAGAUAUCAGUUAACAAGCCAUGAUACUAAGUCAUUUGCAACGCCGAGACGACGUGGAGUAAAUGAUGUGUCACCUAUCCAACCGAAUGGUUUCGGUGCUUACAGGUCACCACUUCCAGUCAUGUGCACGCCAAAAAUUGACCGUAGUUCUAUGGUCGAAGAUGAUAGGCGCUUGCCUCCUCUUCCUGCACCUUUACCGUCUCCUCGUGAAACCUUACUGUUGAAUGGAUCACCAUAUCCUCCUGGGCCAAUUGAAAAGAGGACAAUGCCAUUGUAUUUCUUGAAAAAAGCGAAACUUGCUAAGAAAGAACCAAUUCGAUCAAUAAAAGGAGGCAGAAGUCAAAUACUAAGGAAACUUCAAAGUAACCGUAGAAAGAGAUCACGUCGUAAUCAUUGUGAUAUUUGUGAAAGAAGAUUUUCAGAGAAAAGUGAACUGACUGAACAUUUUAAAUCGGAAUCGCAUAAAAAGAAUUUAUCAUUGUUUAAAGAAACAGUAGCUAAAAUUAAAGAAGAUGAAGGCGAUGAUGUUCCAGUGGAUGAACAAUCUUCUGAUGGAAAGAGUAUUAAAAUCUACUGUGGAUUGUGCAAAGAAUCAUUCAGUGCUAGAGCACGUUACACAGAGCACUUGUCGUUCAGACGACAUAAACUAAAUGCUCGAAUUCAUCAACUGUUCAAAGAUAGCAGAGCCAAUCGAACUGAACUGUCAACUGAGGAUCCGUUAGGUUCAUUUUGCCUUUAUAUAAAUUCAGUUGGGUAUGACAAUGUCAAGAGAUAAACGACCUUUCCGUUGUUCAUUGUGUAAUGAAAAUUUGAUUGGUGUAGAUGCUAUGGAAAAUCAUUUACAUAGUCUUGCUCAUCAAGAACUCUUCAAAAAGAAUACUGAUCCAAAUUGGAUAGUUCAAAAGACUGAUUCAUUGUCAUUCUUUGAUGUGAUUUUUGAACUUUGGAAAGCUUGUAAAGAUAAGUAUAAAAAGGAGUUGAAGAGAAUUGAGAAAGUUGGUGUUGGCUCAUCUAUAUGUGUGUGUGGUUUAGAACUGAAAAGUUUCGAUCACUAUAAGAAACACUUUCCAAAAGCGUUCCCUGAGGUUACAGUUCCAGUGGAUUCGGAUAAAUUUGCUGCAGCUGAAGAUGCCCGAAGAGUAUGGAGUUAUCGAAACACUUUCCGUGAAUGUAUCAAUUUGCUCAAGCUAUUCAAACUUCCUGAUGAUGUUAUUUUGGCGAAGAGGGAGAAUGCAAUGAAAAUCGCUAAAGAAGGCGGUAGUACUAAUCCAGUGACAGUGAUACCAUCAUCAGUAACGACUAGCUUAUCGGAAGCUGUCACAACAACAACAACAAGUACUACGACUGCUACUUCUACUACUGCUACUACUACUACUACUACGGAAGAGCAAGUUGAUACAUCUGAAUAACACUGCUACUGUAUUAGUAUCUGCCUUUUGUGUGUUUGUAAAUUAGCAAACAAAUUUUCAUCUAUGCAUUUACAAUAUUCAUCAUUAUUACUGUUGUUAUUAUUGUUGUUACCAAUCGUAAUGUUCACCUUUAUACCUUUAAUCCUUCAUUACAUAUUGAUUAAUAGUACUGUUUAAUCUUUUCUUUUACUUAACUGUCAAAUCAUCAUAGGUAAGAGUUAUGAAUGAAGUUGCCUUGGCAUUAUAGAUGGUCAUUGGAAGAAAAAAAAAGUCAAUAAUCAGUAGUGGAUGUAUAAAGCACAUUGGUAUUUACUUCAUAAUUUUUCACACUAUGGUCAAAGAAAGUACUUUGAAGAAUGUAACACAAGGUAGUAGUUGUGAUUAGUUGUAUACAGCAACUUUUAUUGCUCAUACCUAGUAGUGAAUUGAAUCAUUUUGAACUGUUCUAUUGUUCAACUUUAUGAGAGAGAGAGAGAAAGGGAGAGGUUACAAAAAUCCUAUCAAAGGAUGAGUAUACUACGCUGCAAUCCGUUCUAUCUUGUUGUAUACAAAACGAUUACAGGGUUUUGAUCAUAGAUGUCUUUGUAGCAUUGCUCACGUUUGGUGGAAUCACCGUGUGAGUAAUGUUGAGUUCAGGAGAAGAGUACUAGUCAAGAAGACAAAGUCAAUUUAUGUGGUCGUGAACCUUAGUCGAUCUGAGAUGUCUUGCAUGGGUACUGGGCAUGCUGAACCACCACUUAUAUUGAUGUGUCAUGCUAGGGGAUAUUGGAUUAGGUUUGAAGAUAAAGGGUUCAGUGUGGCCAGAUCAAAACCUGGCACCAGUCGAUGAAGUCCCUGAUUGUUGUUCCAAGCCGUGUGCAGAAGUGUAGAUUGCCUGCCGUAAUCGGGACUCUUAGUGACAUGGCUGUAAAUCGGUUACAGUUGGUCUCAUGUAUUCACUCCUUGAAUAUUGCACUAACUGAAAUCAUUAGAUUGGUUACUCUCUCACAAAAAUUUAUCUUUGAUAUCACUUUUUCUAUCCACCUGUUCUUUG